CCGAACGGGUGUUGGGGUGGUCGCGGGUUGGAGUCAGUGCAUGGUGUGAACAUCACCGGCGCCCUGCGUAUUCUGGGACACUCGAGGCGGGAUGUAGAGGGAGAUUGAUGUGUUCGCAGACGCGAGGACGAAGAGAUGAGGCUAGGAUGAGAGGGAAUCCCUUUCCCGUGAAGAAGCAAACGCCUUCGUCUCUGUAAGGCCGAGCGUUCUGAUAUCGCGCCGGUCUCGUAACCCCAGGUCCUAUGAUCAGCACUAGUGUUCCGGGAGAAAGUCUCUGGAUAAUUCUGAUCAGCAACCCGGUUGGAAGCAACAACCGCGGGUUGAUUGCUUACAAAUUAUCAACCCCCGCCUUUGCUCAACCAGCUGUAAAUAUUAUAUUUCUGUCACUUAUGAGGAGGUACCGCUGAGAACUCUAGGUCAGUGUCAGGAGCAAUCAGCCCA